GUCAACAACACCCACUGACAUGAAGUGUUUAGUAGUCGUCCUCCUGGGUCUGGUCGCCCUGGUCGUCGCUCGCCCCGACACACUCCUCGACCUGGACGACAUCCAGCACGACCAGUCCAUCGAUGACGACACAGUCUUCACUGGGUCGUACAGCUGGACCUCUCCAGAAGGCGUCAAGUACUUCGUGAAGUACAUCGCUGACGAUGACGGGUACAGAGUCUUGGAGUCCAACGCUGUGCCAGCCACUGCUGAUGGUGUGUCAGCCAACGGCGCCCAGGGAUCCUUCCGUUCCUCUGAGGAGUUUGAUGACAGGAGAUAAACAGCGUUGACGACAGCACUGACAGGAUGUAGACCCGUGUUGACAGCAGCACUGACAGGAUGUUGACCCGUGUUGACAGCAGCACUGACAGGAUGUUGACCCGUGUUGGCAGCAGCACUGACAGGAUGUAGACCCGUGUUGACAGCAGCACUGACAGGAUGUAGACCCGUGUUGACAGCAGCAAUGACAGGAUGUAGACCCGUGUUGACAGCAGCACUGACAGGAUGUAGACCCGUGUUGACAGCAGCACUGACAGGAUGUAGACCAGUGUUGACAGCAGCACUGACAGGAUGUUGACCCGUGUUGACAGCAGCACUGACAGGAUGUAGACCCGCGUUGACAGCAGCACUGACAGCCAGUACACAGCAGCAGACAGCAGAGUGAUGGCUUGUUCAUCACAACAGUGAUUUAGACAAAGGGAUAACAGGAAGUAACAACAGGUGAUGACAGCAAUAAAACAAAGACAGAGAAGACAGCCAAAAGGCUGUCUAUCCCCUGACUGCUGUCACUGGUAGUGCUGAGUAGUUACUGACAGGAGUGCUGAUCUGGGAAUCAAACUGCUGAGUGAUCUCCAACGGUGAUCUGCAGCAGUGAUCUGCAAAAAUGAUUCGCAACGUUGGUCUACAGCGGUGAUCUGCAACAGUGGUCUACAGCAGUGGUCUACAGCGGUGAUCUGCAACAGUGGUCUACAGCAGUGGUCUACAGCGGUGAUCUGCAACAGUGGUCUACAGCAGUGAUCUGCAAUAGUGGUCUACAGCAGUGGUCUACAGCGGUGAUCUGCAGCAGUGGUCUACAGCAGUGAUCUGCAACAGUGGUCUACAGCAGUGGUCUACAACAGUGAUCUGCAACAGUGGUCUACAGCAGUGGUCUACAGCGGUGAUCUGCAACAGUGGUCUACAGCAGUGGUCUACAGCGGUGAUCUGCAACAGUGGUCUACAGCAGUGAUCUGCAAUAGUGGUCUACAGCAGUGGUCUACAGCGGUGAUCUGCAACAGUGGUCUACAGCAGUGAUCUGCAACAGUGGUCUACAGAAGUGGUCUACAACAGUGAUCUGCAGCAGUGAUCUGCAACAGUGGUCUACAGCAGUGGUCUACAACAGUGAUCUGCAGCAGUGAUCUGCAACAGUGGUCUACAGCAGUGGUCUACAACAGUGAUCUGCAGCAGUGAUCUGCAACAGUGGUCUACAGAAGUGGUCUACAACAGUGAUCUGCAGCAGUGGUCUACAACAGUGGUCUACAGCAGUGAUCUGCAACAGUGAUCUGCAGCAGUGGUCUACAACAGUGGUCUACAGCAGUGAUCUGCAACAGUGAUCUGCAGCAGUGGUCUACAACAGUGGUCUACAGCAGUGAUCUGCAACAGUGGUCUACAGCAGUGGUCUACAACAGUGAUCUGCAGCAGUGAUCUGCAACAGUGGUCUACAGAAGUGGUCUACAACAGUGAUCUGCAGCAGUGAUCUGCAACACACCAGCAUCUACUACAUAUCACUGCAUCUGUACUCUUUAGGCCCCCAUGACAGU